AUGACGCGUCCCAGCGAGACACAAGCGUGGUGGUUGAUGCAUGUUUCUUGCUGUGUGCAGGUUCGCACGCACUAUCUAGACAAGAACCAACUGCAACCUGCAGAAAGAGCGGAAGAAAGUGCAGAAACCACCGAAACUCUCCGCGGCGGCUCCACCCCCGGGGGUCUGUGCUGCUCCACGCAUCCCGACAAUCCCUCUCUAUCUCUCUAUCGACUACCAUCCCUCCAACUGAACCACUCCAAUGAAUGGAAUCCUCCCGCCUCCGACCAGAACUGCCCAAUCCUGGUCACCCGGCCAAAUUGGGAUGUGCACUCGUCCGGAGUGGCCCACCUCGGGGCGGGUCUGCAGACAGACCCUCUCGGACGAAAUAGCUGCAAUGGGCGUAGCCGACCUUCCUUCAGCUCAAUGGGCGGGGCUUCCAUGUCCAGGGCUCUGAUGCAGUUUGCUCGGACUGGAGCUGCACUCUGCAAGCUCUUCUUGCGGGGAGACGACACCUCCUCCACUGAUAGUCCGGCUGAUUAUCUACGGGACCCCCAUUUCUCCGGCGACAACAUGCUGGCGGGAGGGAUAUAA